GGGAGUAGCUUCGUGUCUUCUUACUACUUCCAAGUGCUUUUAUCAUUUAAUAACUAUGGAGGAUUCAGAAAAUAACAGUACUUAUUUUUAGUGAUGAACGACAUCAUAUUAUCGGAAUGAAGCGUCCAAAGUACAAGCAGUUUACUGUUUACAGACUGAAAGUUCAAAGGUUGAGGUUUGGGUUCUGAAAGGUCAGCGGAUAAUUUGAGUUAGUGCGGCUCUUGUAAAAAGACUAGUGGUAAUGAAUGAGCUGGAGAAGUUAUUAAGUAAAGCUACAAACCCGAUAUCAGAUCAGUAUGACUCUGACACCGUGAAUGAAAUUGCAAAGCUGAUUGAUACUCAACCUAAUGGUCCAAUCUUUACUCUUCGACUUCUUGCCCAUAAAAUUAAGUCUCCACAUGAAAAAGAAGCUCUUAGCUCUUUAAUGCUGUUAGAGUUUUUAUCCAAGCGUUGUGGUCCAACAUUUAUAUCCGAACUCGGAAAGUUCAAGUUUCUCAACGAACUAAUCAAAGUUCUCUCGCCCAAGUAUCUUGGUGACCAGACAUCUUCAUGUGUAAAAAACAAAUGUGCUCAGUUGCUUCAUAAUUGGCAGCGUGAUUUCUCACCAAAUGAACCGAAGUUUGCUGAGGCAUACAAUAUGCUUGUUCGAGAAGGUAUUAUAACUGCGAGUCAGAUAGUUUCUACUGACUCCGUUUCAGAGAUUUGUCGCUCAGGCUCUUCAGCCGCUGAAAAUAGGCAAAAUAUUUUUGAACGUAACAAAAAAUCAGAGCGUUUAACCCAAUUACUUCGUAGUCGUAAUCCAGCUGAUCUACGUGAAGCGAAUGCGCUUAUCAAGAGUAUAGUUGAAGAAGAUCAAGUACGUAUGGAAAAAGUAAGCCAAAGAACUAGUGAAAUGGAAGCUUUAAGGAACAAUACAAUAUUAUUAGAAGAAAUGAUUGGGACAUAUUUAUUAGGUGAAAGUACUGAGGCUGAAUUAGAAUUGAUGAGUGAAUUGACACAGAAUAUACGUCGAGCACGUCCAUUAUUAUAUAGUUUCUCUUUAACACAUGAAGAACAAGAUAUUGAAACAUUGACUGAAAUUGGUCAAAUAUGUGACAAAGCUAGUGAAGUUUUAGCAAAUUAUGAACAAAAAAUAGCCAAACAAAAGUCAUUAUCUUCAUCAAAAUCAUCAUCUAUCACUGAGGAUAAUUCUUCUUCUCAAUUAUCAUCAUCUAAUCAUAUUACUGAUCUUUUAACACAAGAUUUAAUGAAUUUAGGCUUAUGUGAUGAUUCAAUCACACCUAUCCCAUCGUCUAAUGCUAAUCUAUACUCUCCAGAUGUUUUAUUAUUGAAUACUUCAAAUUCAUUUCUUGUUAAUCAUCUUCAUAAUUCGUCAUGUAAUCAAGUAUCACGUCCAAUUGAACCAAAAUAUUCAUUAAACAGUAGUAGUAAUAAUAAUAGUAACAAUUUUAUUGGUAAUAAUCCUGGUAUUAGGAAAAAAUCAAACUAUGAUGACUUACAGGAUAUUUUUUCCACAAAUGCUACUAAUACUUCUACUACUACGACGACGACGACGACUUCUGCGUCAACAGUACUCUCUACUUCGUCAACGCUUUACCCAUCAAUAUUCAGUUCUGUAGAUUCUAAAACUUCAAAACAAUCUUUGUCUCCUGAACAUGGAUCUUCUGUAAAUUCCAAUCCCAACGUCUUCAGUGAACUAGAUUGUUUGAGUCGUCAAAUGCUUAACUUAUCAAAAACAAAUGCUUUGACAGAUACAAAUCUAUCAAUAUUACUAGCAAAUAAUUCUCCAAGUAAAAUAAAACCCGAUGGUGAUGAUGAUGAUGAUGAUGAUAACACAUCCUUAUGUAUUAGUGACGUAGUUGUAAGCAGGAAUAACACUCCCACCAGUAAUAAUCACAAAGUGGAAGAAGUAACACCAUCAGAAGUUACAACACAAAGUGUAAUUGAUCUUAAAUCAUUUGAUAUUCAACUUUCUUCUGUUCAACCUCAUUCAAUACAUAAAACACCAUUGACACUUUAUCCAACUGAUAUAUCACAAGAGAAUGACAAUAAUGAUAAUACUUAUAACAUACAAUUAACACUACAUUAUGCUAAUAAUAAACCACAUCCUGAAGUGAUGGUUUUUGUUGCUGUUAUAUCUAGUCGAAAUGUUUUACCCAUUACUGAAAUCAAUGUUAGAUUUGGUGUUGAAAAGCCUUUUAAAAUACGACAACUUAUUGCAUCUGGACAAAAUCUUCCAUCUUAUACAACAUUUUUACCACCUGCAUCAAUUAGUCAAGUAUUAUUAAUUUAUAAUCCAUCUAAAUUAGAAAAAUUUGUAUUGAAAUUUCAACUGUCCUUUAUAUUAGAUGGUGAAUCGAUUCUAGAAUCUGGGAAGUUAGAAUUACCAUGUGGUUGACAUUAUUAUUAUUGCUACUACCACUAUCCUUACUAACACCGCCGCCAUCACCACCACCACCACCGCCACCACCACACAUUUUCUGGCUAUUUUUCUUUAUUCUCAAGUGAAUAUUUUAGAGGAUUGAUGUUCUUCUCGUGAUAAUGAUAAUAAUAUAAAUCUUAUUAUAUAAAAGUAUUAGUCAUUUCCCUCUGAUUGAUGAUGGUUUGUUUGACAUGUGAAAAAAGAAGAUGGAUGAUACUUGCCUUUGGCAAAUUUACAUUGAGUCUAGGAAAAAAAAGCUUUGUGAUACAUUUUUUUAAUACAUUUAUAUGUUAAUUUAUUAAUUGCUUCUUGUAAAGUUUCAUAAGUUUUUUCUCAUCUUUCACUGUCUUCAAUAAAAUGUCUAAGCAGAUAUUUCUAUGGAUGCUUUUUCAACUAAUAUAAAUAUACUACUGAUUUAAAGUUAGUAGUUAAAUGUAUUUCAAUAAAUUUAUUUGUAUUACUGGUAUUCCUGUGAAGUUUCAGAUUUCUUGAAGUGUCACUAUUGUUUGUUCUCGAAAUAUUUGUUCACAUCUAUUGUCAGUUUUGUUUGUAAAUCAUAUAUGUUCUCUUUUUUUUUUAAUGAAAUGUUGCGAAUUUACUUCAACUAAUUGUCUUCUAUUUCGUUUGUUAUUAUUUUUACUAAUCUCAUUCAAUGUGUAAUUCAUUUAUUCAAAAAUGGUUUUGUCAUAACAAAAGUUGAAUCACUUCACAGACAAAAAUGAUUGUCCUUCGGAGUCGAAUUAUCUAUCUUCAGCCAUUUUUGACUGUUCAAUAUGUUUAUUCUUUUGAACUCCGUGUUUUUGAUUCUUUCAGUAUCGACUGUGUUCUAUUCUGUAAUCUUUUCUUCUUCUUCUUCUUCUUCUAUAGUCAUGAACGUUUUUCAGAUGAUUACUUGAUGCAAACAAUAAGAUUCUAUUGUAAUACAAUACUAAUAUGGCUAUAAUUUAUUAAUAUUCGUUCUUUUUUCCAUCAUUUUUUGAUGUAAUGUGAACUAUGGUGAUCUAGUUUGUUUGAAUGCUGAGUUUAGUUUCAAAUAUAUCCAUAUAUAUAUGUAGGUAUUAGGAUCUGUUAGCUUUAACUGACACUCUCAGUGUGUUUAUUUAAUAUGAAUAACCAGUGGAACUAAUUACUUUAUGUUUAUAAAAAUUUUGGUCAUUGUGGUGAUUUAUUUUAAAAUUUAGUUUCUAAUUGAUAAAGUGAAAUUAGGCCAGAAUUUGCAAGUUUCCAUGUAUUUUGACAAGUAAAACCGAUGAGACUAUAAUUUAUGGAUGACCUUUGAGUGACACUGAAGUGAUCUUAUGAGUAUCCACUUAAUAAUCACAAGCAAAUGAGGGUUAUAAACUAGUGUAAGAAAUUAGAAUGAUGAUUUAUCGAGUUGGUGAUUAAGGUUAGAAAUUAGAUUUGAGAUUUUGUUGUGACGUGUGGACUGCAGGUUAUGAUAAGCAGCGUAUUUAUCGAUCGGUUCAGUGACACGUAAGGACGACCUAGAGUCCCAAUUAGUCCCGCUUCCAUGUGUAACCCAGCCAGUUGAGUCUAGAACGUAAGUCACAGCCUCUGAGUUAUGAAUCAUUAUAUUUCAGACAUACUCUAUUUAUAUACCAAACAAACAAACAAACCACAUCGUACCAUAAAAUAGAAAACAACAUUUACACAAUAUUUAACGAGUGAAAUAAAUAACAGCCAAUAGGAAAUGUUCAUUUAACGUCCAAGGACAUUAUUAGACUUAACAUGAUAAUGAUUGGCACAUUAUUCUGUAUCCAUAACAGAUUUUCAUCAUAAACUGACAUCAGCUUUAAUGUCAAAACUCAAUUGAUCCAAAUACUUACUUACUUACUUACGCCUGUUACUCCUCGUGAAGGAGCAUAGGCCGCUCACCAGCGUUCUCCAUCCAACCCUGUCCUGGGCAAUCCUUUCUAGCUCCGUCCAGUUGUAAUUCAUCGUUUUCAUAUCUGCUUCUAUUAUCCGACGCAAUGUGUUCUUUGGCC